UAUCACUCUCAAAAUGAUUUAGAGAAAGAGGCUUUCUUUCUUUCUCUUUUGAUUGGAAGAUGGAUGCCACGGUGGUGUUUGCAGUAGCUGCUUUGGUCGCCACGUACUUGAUUUGGUUCUUGAAUAUCAAACGGUCCUUGAGUGGACCACGUGUUUGGCCACUACUAGGCAGUCUUCCAGGUUUGAUUAAGAAUAGCCAUCGUAUGCAUGAUUGGAUUGUUGAGAAUUUACGAUCCACGGGUGGUACGUACCAGACUUGCAUAUGCGCCAUUCCGCUUUUAACUAAGAAGCAAGGUCUGGUGACUGUCACAUGUGACCCAAAGAAUUUGGAGCAUAUUUUGAAGACGCGAUUCGAGAACUAUCCGAAAGGGCCCAAUUGGCAAGCCGUAUUUCAUGAUUUGCUUGGUGAUGGAAUUUUCAAUUCAGAUGGUAAUACAUGGUUGUUCCAACGAAAGACCGCUGCGUUGGAAUUUACCACAAGGACUCUUCGUCAAGCCAUGGCUCGUUGGGUUAGUCGAGCUAUUAAGUCACGAUUUUGCCCGAUUCUUGAGUCAGCUCAACGUCGAGGGAAGCCUGUUGAUCUUCAGGACCUUUUGCUUCGGCUCACAUUUGAUAAUAUUUGUGGACUGACUUUUGGUAAGGAUCCCCAAACGCUUGCCCCUGAGUUGCCAGAGAAUAGCUUCGCUAUGGCAUUUGAUCAAGCCACCGAAGCUACAUUGUGUCGCUUUAUUUUGCCUACGUUUGUAUGGAAGCUAAAGAAAUGGCUCCGACUGGGGAUGGAAGUCACCUUAACCCAAAGCCUUGACCACACAAAUCAAUAUUUAACCAAUAUCAUCAACACACGUAAGCACGAAUUAUCCAAUCAGCAACAGGUCAACACUAAUCAAACCCCUCACGACGACUUGCUAUCAAGAUUCAUGAAAAAGAAGGAAUCCUACUCAGACACAUUCCUCCAACACGUGGCACUCAAUUUCAUCCUAGCUGGAAGAGACACCUCAUCCGUCGCCCUGAGCUGGUUCUUCUGGCUAGUCAUCCAAACCCCAAGUGUAGAGGAAAAAAUCCUCGAAGAAAUCUGCACCGUCCUAAUGGAGACACGUGGCAAAGAAAUGUCUACGUGGACGGAAGAGCCAUUAGGAUUUGAAGAAGUCGAUCGAUUAGUUUACCUCAAAGCCGCCUUAUCGGAAACCCUCCGACUCUACCCAUCGGUGCCGGAAGAUUCAAAACAUGUGAUAAACGAUGACGUUUUACCCACCGGGACUUUCGUCCCUGCCGGCUCCUCCGUCACAUAUUCAAUAUAUUCAAUUGGUCGAAUGAAAUUCAUCUGGGGAGAAGAUUGCUUAGAAUUCAAACCAGAGAGAUGGUUAGAUACAAAUGAAAAUGCUUAUAAAUUCGUCGCCUUUAAUGCCGGCCCAAGAAUUUGUUUAGGAAAAGAUUUGGCUUAUUUACAAAUGAAGUCCAUUGCGGCAGCGGUCUUGCUCCGCCACAGCCUGACGGUGGUUCCCGGCCACCGUGUUGAGCAAAAGAUGUCGUUGACGUUGUUCAUGAAGUAUGGCCUUAAAGUUCACUUGCAUCCCAGAGAUUUAGGCCAUGUGGUGGAGAAAAUUAGCAAAACCGUGGCGGAGACGGCGACUUGACGUUGCUAUGCGCCAACGGCGAAGUAUUAUGGCUGUCUUGUAACACUAUUAAUAUUUACAAAAAAAAAUAUUUUAAUUUUUGUUGUAUUUUAUCAAUAUAUGUAACAAAUUCAAGAAAACAAUAGCACGAUAUAAUAUAUUGACUUAAAGGAAAUAUUGCAAUUUUACAAAAA